AUGCGUCUGCGCUCGAACCUCCGCGAUAAAGUCAACGGCCCUACAUUUAUUGCUAGGACCUUAAUUUCGUUUGCAUCAAGUACUCGAGAAAACUUAAAAUUUGAAUUAACUGGUGGACGAAGUCUCCUCUCGAGUGAGCCGGUUCGCUACAUCACGAAAAUCCCGAAUGAGAUAAUGCUGACAGUCGAAAAUGUGGAUGAAGAAGCUGACUACGAAUUGCUUCAACAAAAAGUGGAAUUGGAAGGAAGAAAACCGCUUCGUGAAAGAUAUUUCGGGUAA